AUGUCUUUGCGUCGCAAGGCAGCGUCGUCCGUUCCCGAGACGCCUCGCGUCAUCUCGCCGAGUCCCACCCCCUCGGAGCACGAAGCCGACUGCUCGGCACCCAUAAGGCCCUCAGCGGCCACGAGGAGAACGGCACCCUCUCAGCAGCCUCUAGACGAAAAACCCCAAGAAGACGAUGCCGCUGACGAGGUGCCAGGCCUGCGGAGAUCCCGCACGAGAAGCAGGUCUCCAAUCGACUCUCGAGCAAUGUCUCGCAUGACGUCGAGCAACGCAAAUCUUGCCAUGGUGAGGCUUUCGUCCAAAGAAACUUCCGAAAAGACAGUCGUAAAUGGCAAGUUGCCUCCUCCGAACGGGCACCUGGCUCCUCCCCAGCCUGCCACUCCCUCAGGUUGGUCGUGGCGGGACUUCAGCCGCAGUCCGAGCCCCCUCGGCCUCAUCCCCAUCCAUCGACACUGGCGAACAUUCGUCCACAAACACGAGGUUCCCCGCAAAGUCCUCCACGUCUCGAUAGGCUUCUUCGUGGUGUGGCUGUACGCGACGGGGACGCAGACGCAGUCCGUCCCCCCGUACCUCAUGGCCGCACUGGUCCCCAUCGCUACGACGGACUGGCUCCGGCACCGGUACGUCGCAGUCAACAGGCUCUACGUGCGCCUUUUGGGCGCGCUCAUGCGCGAAAGCGAGUACUCGGGGUACAACGGCACCAUAUUCUACCUGCUCGGCGCCUGGGCCGUCCUGUACCUCCUCCCCAAGGACGUGGGCGUCAUGAGCGUGUUGCUGCUGAGCUGGUGCGACACCGCCGCCAGCACGUUUGGCCGUCUUUGGGGUCGUCACACGCCCCGGCUUCGCCGUGGCAAGUCGCUGGCCGGCUCCCUUGCCGCCUUCUUGUUCGGCGUGGCGACGUCCUUCUUCUUUUACGGCUGGCUGGUCCCCGUUGUCGGGCCCAUGCCCGGGGACGAGGACUUCAUGUUCAAGGGCACCCUCUCGCUGCCGUCUGCCGUGACGGGCGCCCUCGGGCUGUCUCGGGCCGCGGCCACUGCGUCGGGCACCUUGGCCCUGUCCAUCAUGAGCUUGUGGUCUGGUUUCGUCGGCUCCGCGAGCGAAGUCAUCGACGUCUUUGGCUGGGAUGACAACCUCACGAUUCCCAUUAUUAGCGGCAUUGGCAUCUGGGGGUUCCUCAGGCUCUUUGCCUAG